AUGAUGCGUGUGCGGUUCACGGAGCGGCUGAGGAGCAACAUCGCGGACGUGUCUGGCGAGCUCACCGGCGACCAGUGGCAGAGCUUCUCGAGGGCAGUGAGCGGGGAGUGGGAGGGGGUGUGCUGCGUGUUCACGGGCCGCGGCCACCUCCUGGAGAUCCCGGAGCUGUACGUUCCGGCCGCCUUCCGCGAGUGGGACGUCACCCUCUACGACUGGCAGACGCAAGCGAGCUCGACUGUCCGAGAGGGCACCUUCACGCGCAUGUCGAAGCAGCUGAUGCCGACCGCGGGCUGCGAGGCCGACGCCGUUGCGUUCGAGGAGGAGAUCCAGGAGGCGGGCAACACCCCCGGGAGCGGCCUGGCGCCGCUGCCCGACGGCGGCUACUCCAUCGGACCCACUGCGCUGGACAGCUCGAAAAAGGAGCUGGCGGAGCACUGCGUGCCGGUGGGCGACGGGUACCGCGUGCGCGUGUCGCAGUCGCUGCGGAACUGGACGGGCGCCCCGGGCAAGUGGUCGGUCGCGGAGGUGAAGGUGUUUGAGGAGGAGUUUGAGGGGGAGUAUAAUGCUGGCACAGAACUGUUCGCGUGCGGGGCCGGGACGCGCAAGCUGUCCGACCGCGAGGCCCUCGACGCUGCGAAGGAGCUCGCGGGCGACUGGGUGGUUGCGGAGGGGUACCCGUGCACGUGGGCGGGGGCGGAGGGUGCUGGGGACGCGGAGGAGUGGUUGGGGGGGGUCCGGGCGGGCGGGGAGGGGGUGGUGAUGCUGCCCGGCGGCGCGUGGUCGCGCGUGACGGCCAGCGAAGCGGGCGUGAUGAUUGAGGCCGGGGUGAUGGAGAGGGGGGGUUCGGGGCGCGUGGUGGUGUGGCGGCGGUGGUACGAUGGGCAAGGGCAGCUCACGGGCAUCGCCGCGGCGAGACUGACGAAGGGCUGA